UAAUUUCUACAACUUGUUUUUUUUCUGUUGCAUCUCAAAGGUCAAAUCAUUUGGAUCUGGGUUUUCGCAUAGAGAAAAAAAUGGCUUGGAGAAGUGGAAAUUUGCGUCGAUUUUUGUCAACAACUUCGUCAUUAUUUGAUCGGCCCUUAUCUGCCGCUAAAGCAGCUCGGGUUACUGAACAAAUUCCACCUUCAACGACCCUUUUUGUCUCUGGUCUUAGCGGAAGAACUACAAACCAGAAACUUCGUGAAGCUUUUGCUAAUUUUGGUGAUGUUAUUCAAGCUAAAGUGGUUACGGAUCGCUCUUCUCUUUCUAGUCACUCCAAAGGCUAUGGAUUUGUGAGGUAUUCUAAUUUAGAAGAUGCAGAAAAGGGAAUGGAAGGAAUGGAUGGGCAGUUUCUUGAUGGAAGGGUGAUAUUCACAGAGUAUGCAAAACCUAAAGAUACCCUUUGACAGUCGACCAAUCAGCUACCACCUCAUGAUGAUAAAUCAAACACAUGAUAAAUCAAAUUAUGUUGUAAAUUUUGCAUUACCCUGUUUCUUAUUAAUGAUUAGUAAGAUAAGGUGGAGGUGCAGACAUAAAUUCAGGAGACUUCAUCUCUUUUAGAGUUGCACUUGCGAGUUCAAGUAGUGUGUGGAGAAUUGGGUGAUUCUUAGUUGCUGCAUGAUGGGCUCAUUCUUUAUAAAGGUUGAAUGUGUUGCAAAAUCUAGACCAUGCAAAGUAUGGUUCAUAAGAUAUAUUAUCUGUACAUUCGUUGGUUUUACCUUUCAGAUGCACAUUCAUUGUAAUGGGAUUAACUUACUAUCGGUUAUAAAGAGAUAGACACAAUUUGGUCA